GAUUUAAGUCAUUACCAUACCUCAGCAGUUGAUCCCCCUCGUCGAACAGGUAUCUGUGCCCCCUGGUAUUGACGAACACGUCAUGGCGCUUGUGGUUGAUCUUGAUUUGUAUGUCGCGUUGCCCGGCGAGGUAUUCUCAUGUUUGGAACUGGUGGUGCCUCCAAGUUUUCUCGAGCAACCCUAGGCUCGUCCCGCUGUUGUUGAGCAGGUGGUAUUGGUUCCUGCAAUAAUUAGUGGAUAAAAGUCAGUAAAAAUUAGUACAACGUUCCUCAAAGAAUGGCGUCAAGUAGGUUGACUCUGAACUUUCCACUUAACGUUAUCGUUAGGUCAUAAAGCAUUAUGUUCGGCUCAAGCCAGAGAAACAUGAGUCAGGUUCUCCGAUUUACAAUGUUCAUCAAAAUCGGUUCUACAGUUGCUGA